CCAUGUCACCUGACCUUAGCACGUGAUCCACAGACACCGUGUAAAGCAAACCAGUGUGUUCUUUCAUCUAAUUCGUAAAGAUUCGAUUAGAUUAAUCGCUAUGGCUGGACGCGGUAAAUUAAUCGCAGUAAUCGGGGAUGAAGACACGUGUACCGGGUUCCUCCUGGGCGGAAUCGGAGAGCUGAACAAAAACCGCAAACCCAAUUUCCUGGUGGUGGAGAAGGACACCAGCAUCACUGAGAUAGAGGAGACCUUUAAGAGUUUCCUGACUCGCAGUGACAUUGGUAUCAUCCUCAUCAACCAGUUCAUUGCUGAGAUGAUCCGACACGCCAUAGACGCUCAUAUGCAGUCCAUCCCUGCCGUGUUGGAGAUCCCGUCUAAAGAGCAUCCUUACGACGCUUCCAAAGACUCGAUCCUACGCAGGGCCAAGGGCAUGUUCUCUGCCGAGGAUUUCCGAUAAAUGCCAUGGCAUGGUUAAGCUGGUCAGGGAUCGAAAGCUUUUAUGGAUCUAAAUGUUAAUGUGGAUGUUGUUCAGUGUCUCCCCUUUUCAACGCAUUAAAAAAAAACUGCAACUAGAGUGUGGUGUGUAAAUCUGAAAACAAAAUAAUAGAUAUGUCUUGCAAUACAAUAUUCAUGUGUACAAAUCUUGUAAACGUAGAGACUUUAUCGUGUUAAUUAAAAUAUAUAAAAACUAGAAAGUCUGUGCUUUAGUUUUUUUUUCACUUACUUGAAUGCAGUUACUGUUUAAUCACAGUUCUAAACACCACCUGAGGUUCCACAUGUUGCCCUGAGGUUUCAUCACUGCACUGGUGGUUAAACCCUUACUGUUGCUUCUUAAACUUGAACACAGUGUCAAUGUAACUCAUGUAUAAGCUCAUGUAAGAAAAACACAAAAUGGGUGUUCUCAAUUUUUUUAAUUAUUCCCAGUAAUUUUGUGUUUCCAGGAGAUAUAACACUAUAGGGAAUCCGAUAGCUCCACCCACAUACAUAAGGUUUACCCACGUACUCGUAUACAUGCCUUAUGUAAUCAUUUUCUUCGUGGACGAUGCUGCCUACUUUUGUGUAGUACCCUUUUGUGUGUACCCUGCCUUGUGCCCCAAGUCUCCUGGAAUAGGCUCCUGGUUCAUUUAAUUUUUGACAGUAAUUUGUAGUAAUUUAUAUGUUUGUCUCAACUUUAUUCAAU